UUGUUCUCUGUCUCUCAUCCACAUUUUCUCCUCUCUCUCUCUCUCUCUCUCUCUCUUUAGGGUUUGUAGACGAAGAUAAGGAAGAGAGCUUCAUAGCCCGAAGAUUUCAAGACAUCGGUUGCGGGGUACUGCACUUUGAUGCUGAAUGGUUACUUGAAGUCUUGAAUCAGAAGAGGGAGUAAAAAAGCUUUUAGAGUAAUCAUGGGUUCCCUUUGUGACUACUGUGGGGAACAAAGGUCUAUGGUCUAUUGCCGUUCUGAUGCUGCUUCUUUGUGCUUAUCAUGUGACCGCAAUGUUCAUUCAGCCAACGCUCUCUCUAGGCGCCACUCUCGAACACUUAUAUGUGAUCGAUGUGUUUCACAACCUGCCAUUGUUCGGUGUGUUGAUGAAAAUGUUUCUCUUUGUCACAAUUGUGAUUGGAAUGGGCAUAGUGGGUUGGCCUCAGCUUCUGAGCAUAAGAGGCAGACGAUAAACUGCUAUUCUGGUUGCCCAUCGGCUGCAGAACUUUCUAGAAUAUGGUCUUUUGUGACGGAGUUUCCUCCCGUGGAUGAUUCAACUUGUGAAGAGGGUAUUGGCUUGAUGAGCAUCAAUGAGAACUGUGUCAGUACUUGUUGGGGAGAACCUGGGAGCAGCAGUAAACAAGAUGUAACCAUGAAUGAGCUGGACAAUACGGAUAAAUUCAAUCCUUGGAUUGGGUCAUCUUCUGCAUCUGCAUUGAACCCUCCACCGAGCAGUGCACAACCAGGUGGUUCAGCGGAGUCAACCACACCUAAGCUAUGUGAUUCUGAGAUAAAAGAUCAAGACAUCCGUAAAGGUGGUUUCUAUGAAGAUUUCACAGUGGAUGAUGUUGAGCUGACCUUCCAAAAUUAUGAAGAACUGUUUGGUGGCUCACAUGAUCAGUCAGGCCCGCUCUUUGAUGAUGCUGGAAUUGAUAGCUUCUUUGACUUGAAGGAAAUGUCCGGCACCAAUUCAAACUGCCAGGGAGAAUAUGUUGCAGAGGAGUCAUCAGCGGAGCUUGGAAAAUCCAUACAACCAGCAUGUAGCAAUGCAGUAUCUGCUGAUUCCCUGAUGUCAAACCCAGGAACUAAAGCAGAUCCCGGUGCAUCUUUUCCGGCAAGGAAAGCACAUUCGAGCUUGUCCCUUUCCUUUUCUGGUUUAACUGGUGAGAGCAGCGCAGGAGACUAUCCAGAAAUGUCAUCGAUGCUUCUUACGGGCGAGCCUCCAUGGUGCCCUAGUAACCCUACUGGUCCUGAGGCUUCCUCAUUUUCUGCAGCUAACAGGGACAGUGCUGUUAUGAGAUACAAGGAGAAGAAGAAAAAUCGCAAAUUUGAUAAGAAGAUAAGGUAUGCCUCUCGCAAAGCUAGGGCUGACAUCAGAAGGCGGGUGAAAGGGAGAUUUGUGAAGGCAGGCGAUGCUUAUGAUUAUGAUCCACUCUGCCAAACAAGGAGCUACUAAAAGCAUUUUUAUUCUCA